GCCCCUUCCCGUCGCCCGUCCCGCCCCUCCUCUCGAGCCUCAGCUCUCAGCAUCGCCCGGACCCCCUCUUCCCUUCGCCCGCCUCUCCCCUUCGCCGCCGUCCCUCCCCUCCCCUUCGCCGCCGUCCCUCCUCUCCCCUUCGCCCCCAUCCCGCCCUCCCCUUCGCCCCCGUCCCUCCGCGCGUGCGAUUUUCGCCUUCGAGCGCGUGCCCGCAUCUGCUGUCGGGCCGGCGGAAGACGAGCCCAGAGGCGGAGCAGGGCCGUCGCACCUUGGUGACGUCGUGCCGCCGGCGCGGGCGGGUGACGCGGCUGGGCCCGUUGUCUGUGUGUGGGACUGAGGAGCCCCGGGGGCGGUGGGGGCUCCCGUUGGGGGCAGCUUUGGGGCGGGAGGGCCUGGACAUGGCGUUGAGGGGCUGCCCCGCGGGAAGAUGAAUAAGGGCUGGCUGGAGCUGGAGAGCGACCCAGGCCUCUUCACCCUGCUCGUGGAAGAUUUCGGUGUCAAAGGGGUGCAAGUGGAGGAGAUCUACGACCUUCAGAGCAAAUGCCAGGGCCCUGUAUAUGGAUUUAUCUUCCUGUUCAAAUGGAUCGAAGAGCGCCGGUCCCGGCGAAAGGUCUCUACCUUGGUGGAUGAUACGUCCGUGAUUGAUGAUGAUAUUGUGAAUAACAUGUUCUUUGCCCACCAGCUGAUACCCAAUUCUUGUGCCACUCAUGCCUUGCUGAGUGUGCUCCUGAACUGCAGCAACGUGGACCUGGGACCCACCCUGAGUCGCAUGAAGGACUUCACCAAGGGCUUCAGCCCUGAGAGCAAAGGAUAUGCGAUUGGCAAUGCCCCGGAGUUGGCCAAGGCACAUAAUAGCCAUGCCAGGCCCGAGCCACGCCACCUCCCUGAGAAGCAGAAUGGCCUUAGUGCGGUGCGGACCAUGGAGGCGUUCCACUUUGUCAGCUAUGUGCCUAUUACAGGCCGGCUCUUUGAGCUGGAUGGGCUGAAGGUCUACCCCAUUGACCAUGGGCCCUGGGGGGAGGAUGAGGAGUGGACAGACAAGGCCCGGCGGGUCAUCAUGGAGCGUAUCGGCCUCGCCACUGCAGGGGAGCCCUACCACGACAUCCGCUUCAACCUGAUGGCAGUGGUGCCUGACCGCAGGAUCAAGUAUGAGGCCAGGCUGCACGUGCUGAAGGUGAACCGUCAGACAGUACUAGAGGCUCUGCAGCAGCUGAUAAGAGUAACACAGCCAGAGCUGAUUCAGACCCACAAGUCUCAAGAGUCACAGCUGCCUGAGGAGUCCAAAUCAGCCAGCAACAAGUCCCCACUGGUGCUGGAAGCAAACAGGGCCCCUGCAGCCUCUGAGGGCACCCACACAGAUGGUGCAGAGGAGGCGGCUGGUUCAUGUACACAAGCCCCAUCCCACAGCCCUCCCAACAAACCCAAGCUGGUGGUGAAGCCUCCAGGCAGCAGCCUCAAUGGGGUUCCCCCCAACCCCACUCCCAUUGUCCAGCGGCUGCCGGCCUUUCUAGACAAUCACAAUUAUGCCAAGUCCCCCAUGCAGGAGGAAGAAGACCUGGCGGCAGGUGUGGGCCGCAGCCGAGUUCCAGUCCGCCCACCCCAGCAGUACUCAGAUGACGAGGAUGACUAUGAGGAUGACGAGGAGGAUGACGUGCAGAACACCAACUCUGCCCUUAGGUAUAAGGGGAAGGGAACAGGGAAGCCAGGGGCAUUGAGCGGUUCUGCUGAUGGGCAACUGUCAGUGCUGCAGCCCAACACCAUCAACGUCUUGGCUGAGAAGCUCAAAGAGUCCCAGAAGGACCUCUCAAUUCCUCUGUCCAUCAAGACUAGCAGUGGGGCUGGGAGUCCAGCUGUGGCAGUGCCCACACACUCGCAGCCCUCACCCACCCCCAGCAAUGAGAGUACGGACACGGCCUCUGAGAUCGGCAGUGCUUUCAACUCGCCACUGCGCUCUCCCAUCCGCUCGGCCAACCCGACGCGGCCCUCCAGCCCUGUCACCUCCCACAUCUCCAAGGUGCUUUUUGGAGAGGAUGACAGCCUGCUGCGUGUUGACUGCAUACGCUACAACCGUGCUGUCCGUGACCUGGGUCCUGUCAUCAGCACAGGCCUGCUGCACCUGGCUGAGGAUGGGGUGCUUAGUCCCCUGGCGCUGACAGAGGGUGGGAAGGGUUCCUCGCCCUCCAUCAGACCAAUCCAAGGCAGCCAGGGGUCCAGCAGCCCAGUGGAGAAGGAGGUUGUGGAAGCCACGGACAGCAGAGAGAAGACAGGGAUGGUGAGGCCUGGCGAGCCCUUGAGUGGGGAGAAAUACUCACCCAAGCUGCCUAUUGCUCGUGGGGCUUUGUUGCUGGCCCGCCCCCAUCAGAGGUGCAAUGCUGGGUUUUGGCAGGAGCUGCUGGCACUGCUAAAGUGUGUGGAGGCUGAGAUUGCAAACUAUGAGGCGUGCCUCAAGGAAGAGGUAGAGAAGAGGAAGAAGUUCAAGAUUGAUGACCAGAGAAGGACCCACAACUAUGAUGAGUUCAUCUGCACCUUUAUCUCCAUGCUGGCUCAGGAAGGCAUGCUGGCCAACCUAGUGGAGCAGAACAUCUCCGUGCGGCGGCGCCAAGGGGUCAGCAUCGGCCGGCUCCACAAGCAGCGGAAGCCUGACCGGCGGAAACGCUCUCGCCCCUACAAGGCCAAGCGCCAGUGAGGACUGCUGGCCCUGACUCUGCAGCCCACUCUUGCCGUGUGGCCCUCACCAGGGUCCUUUCUUGCCCCACUUCCCCUUUUCCCAGUAUUACUGAAUAGUCCCAGCCAGAGAGUCCAGGCCCUGGGAAUGGGAGGAACCAGGCCACAUUCCUUCCAUGGUGCCCUGAGGCCUGACACGGCAGAUCAGCCCCGUAGUGCUCAGGAGGCAGCAUCUGGAGUUGGGGCACAGCGAGGUACUGCAGCUUCCUCCACAGCCGGCUGUGGAGCAGCAGGACCUGGCCCUUCUGCCUGGGCAGCAGAAUAUAUAUUUUACCUAUCAGAGACAUCUAUUUUUCUGGGCUCCAACCCAGCAUGCCACCAUGUUGACAUAAGUUCCUACCUGACUAUGCUUUCUCUCCUAGGAGCUGUCCUGGUGGGCCCAGUUCCUUGUAUCAUGCCAUGGUCCCAACUACAGCGUCCUAGCUGGAGGCCUGGGUGGGUCCUGGGCUCUGGGUCCUGCUGCUCUAGCCCCAGCCACCAGCCUGUCCCUGUUGUAAGGAAGCCAGGCCUUCUCCAUUCCUCUUAGGAGAGUGCCAAACUCAGGGACCCAGCACUGGGCUGGGUUGGGAGUAGGGUGUCCCAGUGGGGUUGGGGUGAGCAGGCUGCUGGGAUCCCAUGGCCUGAGCAGAGCAUGUGGGAACUGUUCAGUGGCCUGUGAACUGUCUUCCUUGUUCUAGCCAGGCUGUUCAAGACUGCUCUCCACAGCAAGGUUCUGGGGCUCUUCGCCUUCAGUGUUGUGGCCCUAGCUAUGGGCCUAAAUUAGGCUCUAGGUCUCUGUCCCUGGAGCUUGAGGCUCAGAAGAGCCUCUGUCCAGCCCCUCAGUAUUACCAUGUCUCCCUCUCAGGGGUAGCAGAGACAGGUAGCAGCUGUACCCUAGCCUGCUUAUAGGAAGCUGGUACCGCUCAGCUCUUCCUGCUACUCCAGCUUCCUCAGCCUCUGCAAGGCACUCAGGGUGGGGGACAGCAGGAUCAAGACAACCAGUUGGAGCCCCUGUGUUCCAGAGGGCCUGAUGCCAAGGGGUAAUGGGCCCAGCAGUGCCUCUGGAGCCCAGGCCCCAACACAGCCCCAUGGCCUCUGCCAGAUGGCUUUGAAAAAGGUGAUUCAAGCAGGCCCCUUUAUCUGUACGUAGUGACUGAGUGGGGGGUGCUGGCAAGUGUGGCAGCUGCCUCUGGGCUGAGCACAGCUUGACCCCUCUAGCCCCUGUAAAUACUGGAUCAAUGAAUGAAUAAAACUCUCCUAAGAAUCUCCUGAGAAA